GUCCGAUCAUUCUCAAACUCCUACACCCAAAAUCACGACGACCUCGAGCUAGCCAUGACCGGCGCCACAUUUGCCAUUGCGGUCACAUGGACCGUUCUAAUAGUCGUUACAACAACGAUCACCAGUGUGGUGCAGGCGCACUUGGGUGCGAAUUGGGGUACAAUGGCAUCCCACCCAUUGAACCCUAAUAUUGUGGUGAACUUGCUCGAGGACAAUGGGAUCAAGAAGGUGAAGUUGUUUGAUUCUGAUUCUUGGACUGUGAGUGCAUUGGCUGGUUCCAAAAUUGAAACCAUUGUUGGCAUUCCUAAUGACCAACUUGAGAGCUUGGCUUCUGAUUAUAACCAUGCUAAGGAUUGGGUUAAGGAGAACGUCACCGCUCAUAUUUAUGAUGGAGGCGUCAAUAUAAGGUACAUAGCUGUGGGCAAUGAACCAUUUUUAACAGCUUACAAUGGCACCUACAUAAAGCUAACAUUUCCAGCCAUGCAAAACAUACAAAAAGCUCUCGAUGAAGCCGGCUACAGCAAGAAGAUAAAAGUAACAUGCCCAUUGAACGCCGACGUCUACGAGUCAGCCACAAACCAGCCCUCUGACGGGCAAUUCCGAUCAGAUAUCCUCGACGAGAUGAAAGAUAUAGUCCGCUUCCUGAGUAGGAACGAUGCUGCUUUCAUGGUGAACAUUUAUCCCUUCCUUAGUCUCUACCUGAACUCUGACUUUCCCGUAGAUUUUGCCUUCUUCGAUGAAAACGGGAAGUCGAUAAACGACAAGGGAAAGAAGUAUACAAAUGUAUUCGAUGCAAACUUCGACACGUUAGUUUGGUCGUUGAAGAAGAUCGGUCUUGGAGAUUUGAAGAUCAUAGUAGGGGAAGUCGGGUGGCCGACGGAUGGUAAUAAGUUUGCUACUGUGGAGUUGGCAAAGAGGUUUUAUGAUGGCUUGUUGAAGAAGUUGGCCAGCAAGAAGGGGACUCCCAUGAGGCCAAAUGAGAAGUUGGAAGUGUAUUUGUUCGGCCUUUUAGAUGAGGAUUUGAAAAGCAUUCAACCUGGCUUCUUUGAGCGUCAUUGGGGUCUUUUCAGGUAUGACGGAAAACCAAAGUUCUCGUUAGACUUAACAGGCAAAGGCAACGACAAGAGGCUAGUGGCAGCGAAGGGAGUUCAAUACUUGGAACACAAAUGGUGCGUGGUUAAGAACAGUGUUAAGGAUUUAGGUACAAUAUCAAGUCAGAUCGACUAUGCUUGCUCCAUGUCUGAUUGCACAAGCUUAGGGUAUGGGUCUUCUUGCAACAACCUGAACUCUAGAGGCAACAUUUCUUAUGCUUACAACAUGUAUUUCCAAAUGCAAGAUCAAAGUGUUGAAGCUUGUGUUUUUGGUGAAUCUGCUGAAAUUGUAACAAGAAAUGCCUCUGUUGGCAGUUGCUUAUUCCCCAUCCAAAUAGACAGCAUCGGGCAACGGUUGACGCCAAUGAACAUUGUUGUUUUCACCGCCACCGUGUUGAUUGGCCUAGUAUUGAGCAUGUAUGUUUAA